AGAUUAGCAGUUUAUCUACGGAUAAGUUGGGAACGAGUGUGAAGGAAAUAGUGGGAGGAAGCUUCCAUAGCGUGGCGUUGACGGACGGGGGAGAAGUAUUUACGUGGGGUCGACGUGAUUACUCUGGAUUGGGAGGUGGAAGCGAUGAUGUGACGAUCCCGACGAAACUUAAGUUGACAAGUAUUAGACAUAUUGCCGCAGGCGGCUCACAU